AUGUCUGAAGCAAUGGACGAUUUAGUUCAAGAUCAUGAUGAAGAAUUGAAUUUUGAAAGGAAUAUUGCAAGUGUUCAUUGUAUCAAAAUGAGAAUGCAGCAAAGAGAUUAUAACUCGAAAGUGGGAAGUCUUCAGAGAAAAUUGAAAGAAAAAUCUGAAGCAAUGAAGGCUUUAAAUUCGAAAUUGACAGCGUUGGAAUGGGCGGAAGAAGAUGCGAAUGAGUUGGUAGAGGAGCUGGUUAAAGCAAGAGAACAGAUACGAAUGAGAGAUGAACUCAUAGAAUCACUCAGAAACCAAUUGAAUGCGACCCAAUUGAAGAAAGAUGAAACCGUUCAGUUCAAGAACAAUACUCUACAAGAAAACAAGAGUAGCAACAUCCUCUACUAA